AUGGCACAACAACUUGACGAUUUGAAGCGAUUGCCGGCGGAACACUAUAAAUCACCAUCACAAUUCCGUUACUUCAAUAAGACGUAUCAAUGGCUGUUGUGGGAUUUUCAUAAUAAUAACUGCUUUAGCCAUUUGCAACAAUCGGGACUCAAUUAUUUAGGACCUAAUGCCCAAAUUGUGUUUUUAAAGUAUGAAGAGCCACAUUAUCUACUUUGGUGGGAUGUACAUUCGAAAGGGCGUCAUUUAAAAGCUAAUCUCGAAAUGCAUUUAGUAGCAAAAGGCACAUACAUUAACGAGACCCUUCAAUUCGUAACAAAGAAUGAUAUAAAUGAUAUACGAGGUAUACGUUAUAGAGGCGACUUUGAAGGUUUAAAACUUAGAGGUGCUACGGUGAUCGAUCAAGACAAUAUAACCGAUAAUGAUCAAAUUGAACAAAUUUUGUCACGCUCAAGCAAAGAUCCGGGUGUUUCAGCUUUUACCAAAUACCAUUAUGAACUAUUUAAUCUUUUACGACAUCGUUUAAAUUUCACUGUCGAAUUUCGCAAUGCCCGCGGUUGGGCGGGACACUUAGAUAAUUCAAGCUACCGACUGGGAUUUCUAGGUAUAAUGCAACGCAACGAGGCUGACAUUGGUGCGAGUGCAGCUUAUCCGCGCUUAAAUCGUUUUGCCGAAUUCGAUAGUUUACAUCAAGGCUGGAAAUUCCAUACUGCCUUCUUGUUUCUUUACACUCCGGAUUUGCAUGCGCAAAGUAAAAAAGGUAACUUCUUGGCACCAUUUGAAAAGCAUGUUUGGCUCGGAUCUCUAAUAAUCCUAAACAUGGUCGGCUUAGUUUGGAUCGUUGAGGAGCGUGUAAAAAGCUAUUUAAGUAAAAUAACCACCAGCAACGUGGAAGUAUUUAAACGAAUUGGUGGUCGUUUUAUAAUACCUCUUAACAUUUUUGCUGCGAUAUGUCAACAAGGUGUAGACCCCGUUCCAAGUGGAGCCUCGUCUCGUGUUAUUACACUUACUUCGUUUCUGUUCUCUUUGGUUAUGUAUAAUUACUAUACAUCCUCGGUAGUUGGAGGCUUAUUAAGUUCCACUGAUAAAGGACCUUCCACCGUAGAUGAAGUCAUAUCCAGUCCUCUCCGUUUAUCUUUCGAAGAUAUUGGUUAUUAUAAAGUAAAAUUUCGAGAAAAUAAAGCGCCCAGUAUUGUUAAACUAUUAAAUAAAAAAGUACUUCCCCCUCGUGACCCUCACGAUUUGCCCGUUUACACCAAUUUUUCAUCGGCUAUACCAUACUUAAAGAAAGGCGGAUAUGCUUUCCACUGCGAAGAAGUUGACGUUUAUCCUGAGCUGGCUAAAAUUCUUACAGACUCUGAGAUUUGUGACUUACGUGCUGUAUCCGGUUUGCUGGGUUCCGCGUUAAUGGAUUGGAUCGUACACAAGAAUAGUCAAUACACCGAAAUAUUUCGUCACAUUGUGACCCAGGCUCAAGAAGUAGGUUUAAUUCAACGCUUGCUAAGACAACGCCGACCAAAAAAGCCGCCUUGUCAGAAUCUGUACACAGUAUACCCUGUUAAUUUAUCGGGAACACUUAGCGCUUUUGUAUUGUUAGCCGGGUCAAUAAUCAUCUCAUCAAAAAUACUUUUGCUGGAGAUUGCACUAAAGCGCUAUUCGAAUCGAUUACGUGAUUAA